AAGAGAAAAAAAAAAAAAAAAAAGAAAAGAAAAAGAAAAAGGUACCCUUUGCAUGACUAUAUAGAUAUUCUCAUUUUAAUAGUUCCUACACACAGCUACUACGGCAAGCAGCUACUAAGUAUUGUUUGUAUCAUUAUUCAUAGCCAGUCUCCUCUUCCAUUUCUGAAAAUAUGGGAAUCGUCAAAUCAGAAGAAAGGAAGAAGGCGGAGAUGGAAGAAUUCCGCCGCAUAUUGGUGGCAAACUCCGGCGUCUAUCGCCGGAAAGACGAAGAAUAUUUCAAAGGAAAGCGAUUUCCAUUCACAUCCAUCGACGACGACGACGAUGAACAAGGAGAUAAACUGGUCUGUGUUACCAGCGGCGUUUCCUUCUUAGGCCUCGCCAUCGUCGACCGCCUCUUGACCCGUGGUUACUCCGUUCGCCUCCUCGUCGACAAUCCUGAAGAUAUAGAAAACGUAAGAGAGAUGGAAAGAGGAGAGAGAAGGAUGAGUAAUGAUAAAGCCAUUUCGGCAGUAAUGGCGAAACUGACAGAGACUGAAAGCUUAUCAGAGGCAUUCAAUGGCUGUCGUGGCGUUUUCCAUACCUCUUCCUUUGUAGACCCCGCUGGUCUCUCUGGUUACACGAAAUCCAUGGUUGAGAUAGAAGUAAAGGUGACUGAAAAUGUGAUAAAGGCGUGUGCAAGAACACCAUCAGUGAAAAAAUGUGUGCUCACUUCCUCACUUUUGGCCUGUAUUUGGCAAGAUACAAGUCACCAAGACAUUUCCCCUGUCAUUAACCAUGAGUGUUGGAGUCAUGAAUCGCUCUGCAUAGAUAAAAAGCUCUGGUAUGCACUGGGAAAGCUGAGGUCUGAGAAAGCUGCAUGGAAGAUAGCUGAGGAAACGGGGUUAAAGUUGGUCACCCUUUGCCCAGCUCUCAUUACAGGUCCUCAGUUAUGUUGUAGAAAUCCAACAGCCACCAUUGCUUAUCUUAAAGGGGCAAAAGAAAUGUACGAAAAGGGUUUGCUGGCCACAGUGGAUGUGAAUAGACUAGCAGAAGCACAUGUAUGCGUAUUUGAGGCAAUGAGCAGGACAGCGUUCGGUAGGUACAUUUGCUUUGAUAAAGUGAUUGAAAGAGAAGAUGAUGCGGAGAAGCUAGCACAGCAGACAAACAUAUCAAAGAGUAAGAUAUGUGAGGGAACAGAAUCUGGAUUUAUCCACUCUGGAUUUCGAUUGUCAAAUACAAAGCUUUCAAAUCUCAUGUCAUCUACAUUUGGACGAUGUUACAGCCAGUGGCAUGGUCAAUACAACUAAAAGCACCCUUUUAAUAAGUCUUUAUGAUUUUAAUUACCUUACUUUUUGUAGUCAUAGACGUUUGCUUGUAAUUUUGUCUUUGAGAAAGAAAACUAGUUAGCCCUUGAUUAAUA